ACUCAGUGUGUGACAUACCAGUGGCUGGUACUCAAGAGUGUGGUAACAUUCACAAUACUCUGGCGUAUACAUAAAGUCUAAUAUGUAUCAGAAGUCAUGGCUGCACGUUUUGAAGUGAGACAUGGUUUUGCUGUGUUAAUCGACAACAGAGAAUUUCCUCCCGAAAGUGGACUACCACCACGCGUUGGCGCUGAACGUGACUUGCAUAGAAUAAGAGAAAUUUGUCAAAUCGCUGGAUUUACUGAGUAUGAAGGUCUCCCAACAAAUAAUCUUACUUUGGUUGAAAUACGACAACUUCUCCAAGACGUCAUUCGGCAAGAUUUCAGUGAAUAUGACGCCCUCGCCAUCUUCAUAUCAAGUCAUGGUAUAAAAGGAGAAAUACGCACAACAGAUGGCGGAACUAUUACCGUUCAAGAAAUCGUUUCAACAUUUGAAGGAAUAGCCACUUUGCAAAGCAAGCCAACACUUUUCUUCAUAACUAAUUGCCUUGAGAGAGAUAUCAUUUUACGUGACGAAGCAAGACCUGUUGUACCAUUUCAUGUUCCAAAUACAUAUGAUGUGUUGAUUGUUUAUGCUAGUGUUGAUGGAUAUGAAUACCCAAGGGAUCCAGAAAAUGGAUCGUUUGCCCCUAUGCUAUUGAAUGAAAUAUUUCACAAUCAUGAAUUUGAAGACAACAGUUUGACGGAAAUGCUUUCUAUAGGUUUCCAAAGAGGUUCUAAUAAUACGGAGCAGCCGGACGGACGUAAACAAGUUAUGUGUUUUGUCAGCAGUUUAACAAAACCUGUUUACUUCAUAAGGCCAUGAUUACAGGAGAAGCACCCUCAAUAUAACACUUUUGAGAGUCUUCCCUACAUGGUGCACUUUAUUUAUCACACGCAACUUAUUUAGCACAUUGUAAACACUUAGUAGCAAGUAUUGAUGUAAGCAAGGUUAAGCAGUUUGUUAUUCAUCGAGCAUUCCAAGCAUAAAUAAUUAGGCUUAUUGAGAUAUAAGGCUAUAAGCUACGAACUUGAGUUUGUUAUCUAUACACAUAAAGUGAAGUAUGGUUUUAAUUUGUCUUUAUAUGCACUUUUACUAGCUAUCGACGUUAUUAUAAUAAAUGCCGCCGACACUUGUGUAUUUGGUUUUAAAAUUACAGCUUAAUU